GGGUCUUUCUCCCGCUCUGCGUUCAGUCCCUGUCGCUGCGCGGUGGAAAUCCGCACCGGGGAGCUGCUGAGGGGCGCGGGUGUCAUGUGAAAGCGCACAUGCUCCGCCAGCCCUGCAGCCCUCCUCGCUUUUCUUCCUCCUCUUUUUCCUGUCUGUGUGUGUUUGUGUGUUUUCCUUUAUUUUUAACGUAACUCAGUUCCUUCCCCCUCCCCUGCCUGUCGCCAGCCAGCCGCGGCCCAGCCGACCCCCGCAGAGCUCCUCGGAGGGCGGGCGGGCGAGAAGCGCGCCCGGCGGCGGGCAGCCCGCGGAGCCGCGCCCCGCGGAGCCGCCUGGGAGGGAUGGUUUUCCCGACAGAGCAGAGCCGCGGCGGCUGCCGCCUCCGCCGGUGCUGAGACGGGAUUUUCGUGGUGCGGUUCCCGGGCUCCCAGCUUCAUGACUGCGCGGAGCGGGGAGUCGCCAACACCAUGCGAGCACAAAUUGAAGUGAUACCAUGCAAAAUUUGUGGUGAUAAGUCCUCUGGAAUACAUUAUGGAGUCAUCACAUGUGAAGGCUGCAAGGGAUUCUUUCGGAGGAGUCAGCAGAACAAUGCCUCCUACUCCUGCCCAAGGCAGAGAAACUGUUUAAUUGACAGAACCAACAGAAAUCGUUGCCAACACUGCCGACUGCAGAAAUGUCUUGCCCUGGGAAUGUCUAGAGAUGCUGUGAAAUUUGGAAGAAUGUCCAAAAAGCAGAGGGAUAGCUUGUAUGCUGAAGUGCAGAAGCACCAGCAGCGAUUGCAGGAACAGCGGCAGCAGCAGAGCGGUGAGGCAGAAGCCCUUGCCAGGGUUUACAGCAACAGCAUCAGCAACGGCUUGGGCAAUCUGAAUAACGAAACGGGCAGUACCUACUCAAAUGGGCACGUCAUUGACCUGCCAAAGUCUGAGGGUUAUUACAACGUGGAUUCUGCCCAGCCUUCUCCAGAUCAGUCUGGGUUAGACAUGACUGGAAUCAAACAGAUAAAGCAGGAACCUAUCUAUGACCUCACCUCUGUACCAAACUUGUUUACCUAUAGCUCUUUCAACAAUGGGCAGUUAGCUCCGGGGAUAUCCAUGACUGAAAUAGAUCGAAUUGCACAGAAUAUCAUUAAAUCUCACUUGGAGACAUGCCAAUAUACAAUGGAGGAGUUACACCAGCUAGCAUGGCAAACCCACACGUAUGAAGAAAUUAAGGUUUACCAGAGCAAGACCAGAGAAGCUCUUUGGCAGCAGUGUGCCAUUCAGAUCACUCAUGCUAUCCAGUAUGUGGUGGAGUUUGCAAAGCGGAUAACAGGCUUCAUGGAGCUCUGCCAGAAUGACCAAAUUCUCCUCCUUAAGUCAGGCUGCUUGGAAGUGGUUUUGGUGAGAAUGUGCCGUGCCUUCAACCCACUCAACAAUACUGUUCUGUUUGAAGGGAAGUAUGGAGGGAUGCAGAUGUUCAAAGCCUUGGGUUCCGAUGAUUUGGUGAAUGAAGCAUUUGACUUUGCAAAGAAUUUAUGUUCCUUACAGCUUACUGAGGAGGAGAUUGCCUUGUUUUCAUCUGCUGUUCUGAUAUCACCAGAUCGAGCCUGGUUAAUAGAGCCGAGGAAGGUCCAGAAGCUUCAGGAAAAGAUUUACUUUGCACUUCAACAUGUGAUCCAGAAGAACCACCUCGAUGAUGAGACUUUGACGAAGUUAAUAGCCAAGAUACCAACCAUUACUGCACUUUGCAACUUGCACGGAGAGAAACUACAGGUAUUUAAACAGUCUCACCCAGAUAUAGUGAACACACUAUUUCCUCCAUUAUACAAGGAGCUUUUCAAUCCAGACUCAACCACUGGCUGCAAGUGAAGGGGAUAAUGAAAUUUUCACGUAGUCAUGGAAUGCAUCACUGUUAAGACAAAAAGAAAUGUUUUCAUAAUGAACUUAUUAAAAAUGUCACUACUGCAACACUAGGAAUGUUCUGCACUUAAUAGAAUUAUUUUUCACCGCUACAGUUUGAAGAAUGUAAAUAUGCAAUUCUGAGUGGGGAUGUCUUUUUUCUCUUUUCUUUGUUUACCUUUUUUUUUUCUUCUUUUUUCUUUUUGAACUGACAAUGAAUAUACAAAUAUAGGACACUGGGUGUUACCUUUUUUUUUAAUUUUAUUUUAUUGGGAUAUGUUUUGGGAGACAACUGUUCAUAGAAUUUUAUUGUAGAUAUAAAUGAGAAUAGAGCAGUACUUUGCAGUAUUACUCUUGCUGUUUAUUGUUCAAAUAUAAUUUAAGAAAAUUCCACUUAUUAGUCUUGCCUAUUUCUAUGUUUUUAGAUAGUUUAAUGCAUGUGGAAAUUUGUAGCUGUCUUGAAAAUUACUGUGCAUGUAUGAAAUACAUAUAUAUAUAUGUAUAUGUUGUGCAUACUUAUAUAUAUAUAUAUGUAUGUAUUAUAUGCAUACAUGCUGUAGCUUAAAAAUCCCAUGCCUACUUUUAAAUGAUGCUCAGCCAGGCUGUCAUGCAUUUCUUGCUCUCCAAGUAAUAUAUUAGAUUCACUUUGGGCAAUCACAAUUUGCUUUGCCAGUCAGAGUUAAAUCAUCAACAGCCAAUGUGUAAUGACAGGAUCACUCCUGAAAUGUGUAAUGUAGUGCAUAUGUGCAGCCUGUAAAUGAAACAUCAGGAAUAUACCACUGGUGCAAAAGCCUUGUCUGGAUGAUUUCAGUGGAGAGAGGAAAAGCUUUUUGUCAAUUUUCUCCCUGCUACAGGGGUACAGCAUAUGUAAGAGUGAACAUUUUAGGACCUGUGUCAGUGAAGUAUCUGAAACACAGAAUAGAAACAUAGAUCGUCCCACCCAAUUCUCUGAUUACACAAAAGAUUUUACUUUACUGUAUGCUUACUUGAAAAAUAGUUGCAAGACUUGGCUUAGUUUUUGGUAUUUUGUUGGGUUUUGUUUGUUUGUUUGUUUUUGUUUUUGUUUUUGUUUUGAAAGAAAUAUAGUGAACUCAGUGAAAACCUUAGGAAGCCUAAAAUGUAGCUCUGAAAAGUAGCAGCAGAGAAAGGGAGGGAGGAGGAAAGUCAAAGUGAACAAUAGCCAUGGUUAUGAAGAUGAACAUAACACUAAAGCUAUCGCCUAAACAAGACUGAUGGUUUCCAUUCCACAUAUAUACAUAUGUAUUAAAUACACUUAUAUAUAUACAUAAUAGGGUUGAUUUGAUGCUCACUUCAGGAGGCAAGCAAAGGACUGGGGCUUUCUUUGUGGCCAUCUCUAAAUUGAUUUUAUGUGCAUUUGUUUGCAAAACCAAAGGUGAGUACAGAUCAAAGUGGAAGAUUGCCACAGACACAAUCUUGUAGAUUAAUUAAAUUUAAUUGCAGUCAUGAUUAAUGUAUUUGGAUUCUGCCAGAGAUUAAGAAAAAAAGAAAGAAAAAAAAAAACCAUAAACAUUUUCCUGUGGAAGAGCAGGGAUUCAUUUCUUGCCAUGUCUCUGUCCUUAUCUAUCAUAUCUAUCUCUUGGGAGCUUUUCCAGAAAAGUGUCCUUAGGGAAUGCCAGUGGAAGGAGAUGAACAGAAAAAGGAGGAGGCAGAAAUAAGUAGAAAAGGAAUGAAACAGAGACCGGGUCAUGAGCAAAUGCAUUUCCUUAUUUCAAAACUCGUAGAAGGCAAUCUGAACUGAGAGCUGGUGUGUAGGAGUUGAAGGCCCCACAGCCAGGCCAUAGGGCAGAGCUGUGUCACUGGGAACCCAUGGGGACACGGCUGGGCCCCAGAGUGGUUGCAGACAUUUUGUCAGCAAUAGCUUCAUACCUCUGUUUUUUCCAGAAGGCCACGUAGAUCCCAUCUCAGUCCUCUGUUCCUUUUUCUGCAUCAACAGGUAAUUCACACCCUAUUCCAAGCACUGGGUAAAGUUUCCCCUCUUCCACCACCAAUCACUUUCUAAGUUUACACACACACCUCAUGACUCCAUAGCUAUCUGUUCUGUUUUAGCAAUCCUAGACUUGCUGCAAGAGCAGCUACAAACCCUUAGAUAAUAAAUGUUUCUCUGUUAAUCUAUUCUGAGUGGAAAACAGAUAAAAAACUGCACAGCCAAGUUAAUUUUGCUCAGAGAUUUGUUGUAAAAAUGAUGCAAUCUUCCGAAUUUCUUAGUCCUAGAAUAAAUCAAUCUCUAAAUACUCUUUUUGCACCAAAUUCCUAUCACAUACUCCAAUGAUUAUAUUAAAAUGUCUUCAGUUAAUGUAGUAAAACAUUGCUUUUAAUGCUUCUUUAUGCCACUUACGCCCUAAGAUUGGCAUCUUUGUAAUAUGAUUUUAUCUGUUUGCAGCCUGUUUUACAUGACAAAUCCCUGAACACGACUCCAUGCUCUGCCUACUUUUAAUAUUAAAAAAAUAAUAAUAAUUAACCAGUAUUUAUGCAAGGUCAAUCUGUUUUUUUGGGAAAAAAAAAAUCAAGUCAAACUGAAUCCUGUAAGAGCUCAAUUUUAACUGCAAAGGAUUCAUGUUUUCCUUGUCUUUUUCAAUAUGAGAACAUAUUUACAUACAUAUAUAUUACACAUAUGCUCAUUUGGAAUCCAUUAUAAUAAUAAUCCAUUAUUUUCAGUACAUUAAAAGUAACAUACUUGCCAAUGCACAGAAGAUAGAGUGUGAUAAGUAAUACUGUCAUUAGGGUUGAUAAAAAAAGAAGUCUGUUAUGCUUAUAAACAAUCCAUAUUUAUGUAUUACAUAUUGAAAACGUUUUAUUGUUUUCAAAUAAGUCAAUCAAUCUUUAGCUGGUAUUAUGAUUUAUGUCUUAGGCAAGAUGACAAAAUGAAGAUCACCUGUCACAAAGACAUAUUAUUUAACCAUCAUUCAUAGGGAGUUUCAUCCUUAAAGCACUGUUCUUAAAUCACUGCACCUUCAUGAUCUCUUCAAUCAGUAAGGACUAUUCCCUUUUUUAAAAGAUAAAGAAAUGAAGGCAAAGAAGUUAAAUGACUUGCCAGAGGCCACAGAACCAUCAGCAUCCAGUCUGAGAUUAAAACUGGAUUCUUUUCUUUUGUCCUAAAACCACUAGCAAUGGUACGCAAAAUCUUCAAGGCUGUACAAUUACAAAUGUUGCCAAGCAAAUUAUUAUCUUCAAAUAAUAUUAACAAUAGUUUGUUCAUUUUUUUAAUUUAUUUUUACAGAAUUUCAGAAGGAAACUCAUUCAUUUUCAUAGCAAAAAUUAAUUCUCAUACAGUAUUUACUGGUGCUAACCAGUGCUGAUAAAACUAAUUUAAUUUUCUGUGAUUUCAGUCUGGCCACGUAGGUAAAUUACUACUUCUGUCCUUUGUUCAUUGUACAUAGAACAAGAAAUAGCAAUAGCAUGCUACAGGCUGGAUUUUUGUUGUCAUUGUUAAUACAGUCAUUUGUAUAUGACACUUUAAAUUCUCAGUAUCGGAUUUUAUACAUUCAUGUUAUCCUUAGGCUUUAAACAGUGAAAUAGUACAAGUUCAAUUAAGUAACUGCAUAGCCAAUCACAAAAUGCAUUUCAGACGAUAUUACUACAUUGCUUUAUUUCUUGGCUUUCAUCUACAGUAGUAUCUGAAGCCCUUCAAUUAAACCUCUAGAACUAGGACUUGUCACAUCUGCUCUUUGGUAACUGGCUAUAUUUGUUGAUUUUUUUAGUGACAAUUUGUUCAAAUGGGACACACUUUUUAAUGACUGAUUAACCCCAGAUAUUCAACAAAAGAAUAUUUAAAACAUAUAUUAAAUCUUCUAGCAUUGCUUUCAGAUAAUUGGACCACAUUGAUCUAAAUUAUCCUUGGCAUCAAGCAGGCAGAUGCAAACUGUUUGUUACACUGCCACAGGGACUUAAUUUUGGUCUAACUGUCACUCUUGCCAGCUCUUUGUAUAAAGAAUUAAUUCCAAGAGUCAUAUUUUCUUCUAAUGGAAAGAUUUCUUUAGUAAUUCCUUGGGAAAAAAAGACAAACAAACAAGCAAAACCAACCAACCAAACAAACAAAAAACAGGAUAAUAGAAAGCAUUCAGUUGAACCAAGUGGUUUCCAAAAACAAUGUAUAUUUUAAGAACCAAGUGGUUUCCAAAAACAA